AUGCAAUUUAUAUAGCUACAGAUUUAAACGAAGAAUAUUUAACAAUCAAAGAUAAUUAAUUUGAUAAUGAAUUAUUGUGGCUUGUUAAUCAAGAAAAUUUAGAAUUUUCAGUAAAUUAUCUACAGUUAGAUAUUAUAGUAAGUCACUAGCUAGGAUGCGAAGAUUGCACAUAUUUUUUAAGAGGAGAUGUAUAAAGAUCAUUAAUAUUACCAAAUAUAAAAUCAAAUUAUUUAUUUUUGGAAUUAAAAUCAGCAGUUUAACAUAAUUAUUUGGAUUAAUUAGAUAUUAUUUUUGAUUCAAAAAUAGAAUAUUAAGAGAAAUUUAAGAUCAUGA